UAUUGAGUAACGCUGGAUACGAGCAUGAGUUUUCUAUUUGUAACCUGACCACUCUCGUUCCUGAAGUUGUCCAGAGCGUCGGGACUCGGGGGAGGUACUCUAUAUAACUCGACGCCCACCAGCUGAUGCGGGAGAACGAAAGGGAGAAAAAACGGUUCACCGCAAAAACAAAUCCGCAGCAAAAACCAUCCAAAAAGCAACCCUCUGACCCCGCCAUGAUAUACUCGCGCUGCUGCAACCUCGCUUUCGCCGCCGCGCUGCUGGCGUCGACGGCGCUCGCGCAAUCCGGCGAAACGAUCGAGUUCAACUUCGACGAGGCGGAAAUCGGCGCGGUGCCGCAGCCGAUGUUCGGCUUCCGCCUCUCGGCGGCGAUGGACAGCACCUCUGAGUCGACGAGCAUCGACGACUACGGGGCGCACUCGCCACCGCACUCGCUGCGCGUGCGGAACGCGGCGCUGGUGAUCCUGCCGACGAACAGGAGCUGCCACUUCGACAUCCUCGAGUUCUACAUCCUCCCGGAUUUUCAGAUGCAUGCCGAUAUCCGCUUCCGCGUCGAUCUGAACGAUAAUAUCAAUAUGAACGGCGGGAAGCAGAAUAAGACUGUCGAGGUCGACGAUUGGAGCAAGCCGGUGCUGUUCAAGGUCGGCGAGGACGGGUUGCUGAACGGCGUGAAGUUCACGAAUAUGGAGGCGGCGAUGUUGCAGGGUUGGCGCGUCGAUACUAGGUUCGGGAGCACUUCAGUGUUUCCAUUCUACGUGGAUGAUUUGAAGUUGAGGGUGAGGUGUGGGGAGGUCACGAGUACGAGAACGAUCAGUACGAAGAGCACGAGCCCGACUGGUAGUGCGACUUCGACGGCGGAAGCGCAACCGACUGUCAGCGCUGGUGUCCCGGCAAAUGUGUCGAAUGGAACGGCUGCGACGAGUACCCCUACGCCUGCACCUUCGGGCGCUGGUGUGCACCCCGUUGUACCUACUCUUCUUUUCUUAUCAUUUACUGUGGCCAUAUACCGGUACCUAUGGUUACCUAUUACUUUUUCGGAAGAUCUCCCAUACUUAGCAUAAUCUGUACAGUAGCCCUGCUGCUUUGGGAAUGAUGGAUAGAUACUUAAGUAGAGAUGGGUGUCGGGAUGCAAUGAGACAUAAUGGUUCUAUGACCCCGUGAUAAC